AUGACCUCGAAUCAAAUAUUCCUUCACAUUACGGGCGGGAGAACGGUAUGGGUUCCUGCCCACAAAGCUGCCCCCCAUGAGAACAAGCCAGUUCAUAUUCUCACCUCUGUAACGUCGAUGGAGCUCGCGCGGUCCUUCUACAUCUAUGAUUAUCCUAUCCAGGUCGUGGAGGAUCCUCGGCAGGCCGCCGUGAGUCCGAACUGCAAAACCGUGCAGGAUGUCGUGGUAGCGGUUAAUGAAUUCCGUCGUGCCUGCCACGCGGACCAUGACUACUUGUUUCAGCGUCGCUACGACGCGAAGAAGCCACACGCGGCGAUGCCGACGCCGCAACCCACGAGCAGCCCGAACCCCAUCGGGCAAACCGACCUCCUCGCCCAAUUGCUUCAACAACGCCAGCAACAACACCCCCCCUCGCAACCCCAACCCCAGCCGAUGAUCCCCAGUAGUCUGCUGAACACGGGCGCCUCGAUCGAUCCCGGGGCCGCGUCGCUGUCGACCUCCUUGGGAGGCGUUCUUGGAAACAUAGGGGGCCCUAGCGCGAGUGGGGGGAAUCGCUAUCAUAACCGGGCCCAGGCCGCGAAUUAUAUGGGGAAUUAUGGCAGUAAAAAUGGAAUGGGGGAUAACAAAUCGAUGAUGAUGAUGAUGGGGGUGGGGAUGCCGUCGGCGCAGCCAUCGUCGUUUAACCCGACCACGAUGAUGCUAGGCGGGGUCGCCGGGGGGAGUGCGGCGCAUGGGAACUACAGCGCGGCGAAUAAUCCUGGGAAUAUGUUCUUCCCGAAUAACAUGCUCCCCCCUGUGAUGAUGAUGCCUCAAGGCUCUUAUGGGCACCCUAAUAGCCCCAACCCGGCGUCCGCGAACAGCGCGAACCGGGUGGGACCGUAUAACGGCGAAACCCGUCGUGAACCGGAGCCGAUUGAGAUCAAAGUGAAGAUCCCGGAGGAGAUCCUCCGGACCUAUACGAACCCUUCGCAGACGCUGGUGUGUGCGACCAUGCCCGGGCCGCGCAUGACGGUCUGGCUCCGCGAGCACCCCGUUCCGGAGAACAAAAAGGAUUUGAAAUAUGUAUUUUGUAAAGGUGGGAUUGUGUUGAUGUUGAAAGCCCAAGGCGCGGAGGUCAAGGACAGCAAACCGGUCGAGCUCUUCCAAAAGCAGAUCUGCACUCACUUUCUGAUUCACGGGUACUGCUCCCGGACGAAUUGCCUGCACGAGCACCACUCGGAGGAGCAGCUUCGGCGCUUGAUCGCGGCCCGUCAUGUCGAGCUGAAGGCGAUGACGAAGAAGGAACGGCACCAGCUGAUUGAGAAGAUCCUCGAAAAGGAAAAAGACGGCCUCCGCGCCGCCGAGGAGGAGCGGGAGGCCCGUCAACGCCAACGGCAGGGCCGGAUGCCGACCAAACCGCAGCCCGGCCGCGGGCGAGCGCUCGGCGAGGGGGACGAUUCCGCCCUCGCGCAAUCCCACGACGCCUCGCCCAAACAACUCGACAACCUCAGCGAUGACAGCAACGAUCACGAGGAGAGGAUACCACCCGCCGCGGGGCUCACGAAGGAGGCCAAAACCCCCGAUCCUUCCGGCAUGACGCCGCUCGCCGGGAGCAAGAAAGCGGGGUUGGUUCCUUCCGCGAUUGGGGCGCUUCCACCCACCUCAGGAUCCACCAAGAACGUGACGAAUAUCACGAGUAUCGGGGUAACCGACAGCGACGAUGAGGAUAGCUCGAGUGAGAUCAGCAGCAACAGCAGCAGCUCCUCCGCGUCCUCCCCCUCCCGAGCAAGUAGUGAGAGCGAUCACGAUGAACCGGAGGAGAAAACGGAGCCAAAGCCCGCGAGCAAAGAUCCGGAAGAGGCCCUCACCCCUGCCUCCCUCCACGAGGCCAAGCAGAUGGAGGAGCUGGGGAAGAAACCGGCGGCGAUCAAAGCGGAGAAGAAAAAAACCACCGCCGCCGUGGGUGUAGUUGUCAGCAAGGAGGAGGAAAAAGACCAACCGGAGAGCCAUACCGUCCAAAAGGACGAGAGUGAGGCCCCUACCGAGCACAGCAAAGACGAGGAGGCAUCGGCAGAGGAACCGGAGUCGGAGGUUGAGGACGAAGAAGAGCAACAGCCGGCAAAACGCGGCAAGAAGAGCGCCAAGGCGGCGCCGAAAAAGUCAGUCAGUAAAAAGGUGAAGCCCGAUCCAAAAAAACGUGAGCGUCCGGUGGCCACCUCCAAGAAGGUGCCCGCCAAACGAGCGAGGAAGUAG